AUGGUCGUCGGUAUUACACGGCGUUGGUCGACGGACUUAAUUAGUUACAAUUGCCAGCACAGCGCGAGCAGGAAAAAUACUGCAGCAAAAGGAAAGCCAAAGGGUGCAAGAAAUAUCAUGAAGAAGCUUCGCAAAAGUACAGAUAACACAGUCACAAGCCUCAAACGAAAGCCAACAGCUGAUGAGGCUGACAAUGAAGACACACUCAUUGAAGAGGAGGAUACGCUGGUCAUGCUCAAGGACGAAACUCCGCUGGACGAGUACGAACAGGAUUCGUCCGACGAGGAAGAUGUGGACAACACGAUCGGUGACGUACCGCUGCGCUGGUACGAUCAGUAUGACCACGUGGGCUACACGCGCGACGCCAAGAAGAUCCUGAAGGGUGCCAGCCGCGAUGAGAUCGACAGCUUCCUGGAGAAGGUGGAGAACCCCGACUUCUGGCGUACGGUCAUCCGCAAGACGACCGGCCAGGAGGUGAAGUUGAGCGACGAGGACAUUGACGUGAUUGUGCGCCUGUCGCAGGGCAAGUUUCCCACGCGCAACGCCGAUCUGGACGCCCCUUGGCUAGACUUCUUCACCAGAGACGUGUUGGACAUGCCGCUGUCCAGCCGACCGGAGCACAAGCGCUCGUUUGUGCCGUCGCGCAUCGAGGCGCUCAAGGUGGCCAAGCUGGUUGACCACAUUAAGCGCGGCUUCAUCAAGCUGGACGAGAAGCCGCUGGAGAAGCCGCGCUUCUACAUGCUGUGGAAGGAGGACGGUACGACGGAUGAGAUGCGCCGACUGUACCGUCCGCAGCCGGCGCCCAAGCUGCGCCUGCCCGGCCACGCCGAGUCUUACAAGCCGCCACUGGAGUACCUGCCGACCGAGGCGGAGCGCGCGCGCCACGAACAGCAGCUGGAGGAGAACGGCAGCGCGCGCCCGUUGCCGCGUCUUCACGACUCGCUGCGCAGCGUGCCAGCCUAUCCGGACUUUAUCAGCGAGCGGUUCGAGCGCUGUCUCAACCUGUACCUCUGCCCGCGCAAGACGGUGACGAAGACGCAGCUGUCUGGGCCGGAAGAGCUGCUGCCGGAGCUGCCGGACAAGCGCGACCUGCAGCCGUACCCGACGCACUGCAACCAGGUGUACACCGGCCACAAGAACAUCGUGCGCACGCUCAGCAUCGACCCUAGCGGCCAGCUGUUCGCGUCCGGCUCGGACGACCGCACCCUCAAGAUCUGGGAGGUGGCCACCGGCCGCUGCCUAAAGACGAUCGAGUUCAAGGACGCGGUCACGGCCGUCGCGUGGAACCCCAACCCCAAGCUGUCUGUGGUCGCCGCCGCCGCCGGCAAGCGCAUCUACAUGGUGAACCACGGCGUGGGCGACCGCGCGGCGGCCGCCAACACGGACGGCGUGUUCCGCACGCCGCCCGAGCGCGACGACACCACCAUCAAGAGCCAGAAGGUGGGCUGCGCCUGGCGCAAAGCGUCCGAGGGCGAGUGGGCGCAGGGCUUGCGCCUCACCAUCAACAUCAGUCGCCAGUGCAAGCAGGUGACGUGGCACGCCAAGGGCGACUACUUCGCCACGGUGGCGCCGGACGCCGGCAAUACUUCCGUGCUCAUUCACCAGAUGUCGCGGUGGCGAUCGCAAAUGCCGUUCCGCAAGACGCAGCGCGCGCAGGCGGCCGCCUUCCACCCGCUGCGGCCGUACUUUUUCGUGGCCACGCAGAACCACGUCAAGGUCUUCAACCUGGUGAAGCAAGAACUGAGCAAGAAGCUGGCCGGCGGAGCCAAGUGGAUCUCGAGCUUGGCCAUCCAUCCGCGCGGUGAUAACCUGGCGAUCGGCUCGUACGAUCGGCGCGUGCACUGGUUCGACCUGGACCUGUCGAAGCUACCCUGUCACCGGCUGCGCUUCCACGGCCAGGCCGUGCGCCAGGUGGCGUUCCACAAGCGCUACCCCCUGAUGGCCUCCUGCGGCGACGACGGCAAGAUCAUGGUCUACCACGCCAAGGUCUUCAACGACCUGAUGAAGAACGCGCUGGUGCUGCCGGUCAAGGUGCUGAAGGGCCACAGUCUUUACGACGACCUGGGCGUGCUGGACGUAGCCUUCCACCCGGAGCAGCCGUGGGCGCUCUCAGCCGGAGCCGACGGCACCGUCCGGCUAUGGAUAUAGGUGGCAGCACUGCGCAGGCUUGGAGUGCGGAUGGUGGCGCUAGGUGGCAGGACCGAAGGGAGUUGGACCGCGGCCGACGGCACCGUCAAGAGCGGGCGGCGGUGGCGACAUGUGAAGCGACGGUCACACCUGGCUGUUUCCAGACGGGUGUGGAAGUUGGGCUUCAGCGCUGACGUUGUUUCCGUUUUUGCUUUUGUGUAUUUUUACAAUGUCUACAUGAUGCACGCACAAGCUUUUUGCGUACUGUCCUGGGCUGGAGUGAGCGACCAAGUGGUGGUGAGAUGGUGAGAUAAAAGAGGAAAGACGUCAAGUUUAGCUCCCUGCUCCGGCGUUUCGGAGCCGCUGCCAAAAUGCCGCGUAUAUCACGCCGCGGCAGCCGUAAAGAAAUGAUGCACCGCUGAUACCACGUAAGCACCGUGGGAGCAAGUCUUCCACCUGCUUGGUAACCGAUGGGGUUCGGAUGCAUUUCAUGGACCGCAUCUUGUGCCCCCGGGCUGUCGCCUAAGGGCAAGAGGGUCACGGCCCACAUAACGCCCACCUGGAUUUAUCUCUAAUCAUACUGCGAAGUGUACCGGACGAAAGAUGGAUGGGUGUGGUUACGUGGUGUUAAAGCUGGAGAGGCGUGGUGCCCGGAAAUCGUCCCCCUUUA